AUGACCACCAGUCAGAAGCAUCAGGACUUCGUGGCAGAGCCCAUAGGGGACAAGUCUCUUGGUACUUUAGUUGGCAUUGGAGAUGUACUUGGCAGGAAGCUGGAAGACAAAAACUUUGACAAGGCGUAUGUGGUUCUGGGACAGUUCUUAGUGCUGAAGGACAAGGACCUCUUCCGCGAGUGGCUGAAGAACAUGUGCAUUGCCAACGCCAAGCAAUCCAGAGACUGUUAUGGCUGCCUGAAGGAAUGGUGUGAUGCUUUCUUGUGA